AAGCAAUUUUGAAAUUCAUUGGGUACAUUAUUCUAUUAAAAUUAAGUGGAAUUUAUAAUGGCAGAAGUAAUUUUAAGUGCCGGUGAAAAGACGUUUAUUCUUCAUGGUGUAGAUGCAGACUUUAGAAAUGAUGGUAGAAAACGAUGUGAAUAUCGUUCCAUGGAAAUUGAAACUAAAUUAAUGCCACAAACUCACGGAUCUGCAAGAUUACGUAUUGGAAACACUGAUAUACUUGUUGGAGUUAAAGUAGAACUUGAUACUCCAAAUGCUGACAAACCAGAUGAAGGAAAACUAGAAUUUUUUGUUGACUGCUCUGCCAAUGCAACUCCAGCAUUUGAAGGAAAAGGUGGUGACGAUUUAGCAACUGCACUAAGUACUACUCUUGCAAUAGCUUAUCAAACACGUCAUGCUUUUGAUUUAAGAACAUUAUGCAUUUUACCUAACAAAAAAUGUUGGAAAGUUUACGUUGAUGUAUUGAUCCUUCAGUGUGGUGGUAACUUGUUUGAUGCAAUAGGAGCUGCAGUUAAAGCAGCAUUAUACAGUACGGAAAUUCCAAAAAUCACAGCAGCAACACUCGAUGGUGGAGAACCAGAUAUUCAAUUGUCAGAUGAUGCUUAUGAUUGUAUUCAGUUAGAUACAAGUAACUAUCCAGUCAUUGUAACACUGUGCAAAAUUGGAGAUAAUUAUGUAGUUGAUCCUACUUUGGAAGAAGAAGUAUGCAGUGUAAGCAGUAUAGUCAUCUCUGUAUUACCAAAUGGCAAACUUUCAUCGAUAGUUAAAUUGGGUUAUGGUAGUAUUCAACCCAGUACUUUUACUAAAAUGUUAAAGAUGGGUCAAAAGAUAGGACUACAAUUAAACAAAGGUCUUAUGAAAGUUCUAAAGGAAGAAGAUCAACUUGGUCGAAACAGAGACGUAUUUGGGUUCCUUAGAUGA